CUUUUACGCGCGUCAGUGGCCGCGCUGAGGUUGAUCGCGAUGGAUGUUGCAACAUUACGGUUGUUAUUAUCCAUCAUAAUCUUUGAACUACUUGUCUUGCCAUCCACUCAAUAUCGCAAGCAGGACACGUUUCAGAGCACUCUAGGUCAUAUAAAAGCGCACAUCUCGCCGGAAGUCCAGACAGAAGCGGCGAAAGAUGUUGUGAGGAGACUGCUGGGCAAUAAAACUGCUGAACUCUUUGUUGUGGCUGUGGAUAACGAUUUAGGGCCUGCCGGUAAAGAUACUUUCAAGGUAACGAAAAAUCCUCUAGGCAACAUCGAAAUUCGCGGCACCUCUGGGGUAGCGAUUACUUGGGGGCUGAAUUAUUAUUUAAAGAAUUAUUGCAACGUUCAUGUGUCGUGGGACGGUACGCAAAUUUCUUUGCCCAACAUAUUGCCAGAAGUUCGAAUCAAGAUCACAUCUAACGACAGAUUCAGGUACUAUCAGAACGUAUGUACCGUAGGCUAUAGUUCAGCCUGGUGGCAAUGGCAGCAAUGGGAAAAAAACAUCGAUUGGAUGGCUCUCAACGGCAUAAAUUUGGCCCUUGCGUUUACCGCGCAAGAAGCAAUUUGGCAGAGAUUGUUCCUUGAGUUGAAUUUUACUCAAGUAGAAAUCGACGAACACUUGGGUGGUCCUGCUUUUUUACCUUGGGCGAGAAUGGGUAACAUACGUGGCUUUGGUGGGCCGUUGUCGAUAAAUUGGCACGAACGCACCGUACGUCUGCAGCAUCGUAUCCUACGGAGAAUGAGGGAUCUCGGGAUCGUUCCGGUGUUACCAGCAUUCGCUGGUCACGUACCACGAGCUUUCGCCAGACUUUUUCCGAAUGCUAAUAUGACGAAGAUCGAGCCAUGGAAUAAAUUUGAAGACAAGUAUUGUUGCCCCUAUCUGUUAGAACCGACGGAUCCGCUAUUUCAGACUAUCGGAGAAAAGUUCCUGAGAAUGUACAUCAACGAAUUCGGCACUGAUCACAUUUACAAUUGCGACACUUUUAACGAGAAUGAACCCGGUAACAGUGAACUUGCCUAUUUGAGCAACGUCGGCCGUUCAGUUUUCCAAGCGAUGAGUACGGUCGACCCUCAAGCAAUAUGGUUGAUGCAGGGUUGGUUGUUUGUGCACGACUUUAUAUUUUGGACGGAGCCUAGAGUGAGAUCCUUCCUGACUUCAGUACCUACGGGACGAAUGCUGGUGCUGGAUCUGCAAUCGGAACAAUUUCCGCAAUACGGCCGAUUGAAAUCAUAUUACGGUCAGCCAUUCAUAUGGUGUAUGCUGCACAACUUUGGCGGCACUUUAGGGAUGUUUGGAUCCGCGCAAAUCAUUAAUCAGCGCACGUUCGAGGGUAGACACAUGAAUGGCAGUACGAUGGUGGGCACCGGUUUGACACCUGAGGGCAUAAAUCAGAACUACGUAAUUUAUGAGUUAAUGAACGAAAUGGCAUACCGUCACGAGCCUGUCGAUCUUGAUGCAUGGUUUGAAAGUUACGCCACUCGAAGAUAUGGCGCCUGGAACGAAUACGCGGUGGCUGCUUGGAAACAUCUCGGCCGAACAAUUUAUAAUUUCGUCGGUAUUGAGAGAAUCAGAGGCCAUUACGUCAUUACUAGACGACCGAGUUUAAAUAUUUCACCAUGGGUUUGGUACAAUCGAGAAGAUUUCUAUCAUACGUGGAAUGUGUUUUUAAAAGCAAGAUACGGUAGAGGUAAUAAUACUCUCUACAGACACGACGUGGUCGAUAUAACAAGACAAGCUCUCCAACUGAUGGCCGACAAUAUCUAUAUGAAUGUAGUAGAUUGUUAUAAACGAAAAAAUAUCACAGGUUUCCAGUCGCAUGCAGCCGCCCUGUUGGAUCUUUUCGAUGAUAUCGAGGCUAUCCUGGCAUCAGGAAGUAAUUUUCUGCUAGGCACCUGGUUGGCUCAAGCGAAAGAUAUGGCUGUCGAUGAGAAGGAGAGGCAGUCUUACGAGUACAAUGCGCGAAACCAGAUUACUCUGUGGGGACCGAACGGAGAGAUCCGGGACUAUGCAAAUAAGCAAUGGUCUGGGGUAGUCGCAGACUAUUUCAAGCCCAGAUGGGCUUUUUUCCUGAAGGCCCUUGAAAAAUCGCUGGUCGAAAGAACCAGAUUGAACAUGACCGAAAUUAACGACAGAAUGUUUCUCGAAGUCGAGCAGGCGUUCACUUUCUCCACGAAACUUUAUCCAGUAGGAACAAAAGGCGAUACCCUUGACAUAGCGGUGAAAAUCAUUUCCAAGUGGUUGGCAAAGGACAAUCAUAGUCGAACACGAAGAUAUGUGAUGAAAGAACCGAAGAUAUAAUUUAUCUUUCUUGUUUAAGCGAUAAUUAUCAUCGGCGUAUAUAAAUAUAAGUGAUAAAAGGAAGACUCUGCGUAUGAUAAAGAAAAAUGUUGAUAAUCAGAGCAAUGG